CCAAGCUAAUCAUGUGAUUACUCUAUGUAACAGUAUUUAACAGUUGUCUUUCAUUUUCUUCUAGUGAGUGAUUCAGAUUAACUGACCCUUUAUUUUUUCAUUUAUUUGGAUUUUCUAGUCUAUUUUUCCAUCCACAUCUUGUCAUAAAAUCACCUGUUGAAUCUGAAAAGCCUUGCUCAUCAUGUAUCAAUAAAACCAAAUUCACACCUCUAUUAGUAUCUCAGUAUUGGUUACUUCUUCAAUAAACAUCCCUAGUUAUAACAAUGGACGAUCCAUCUCAAAGACGCCUCUCAACCUCGGGAGAGUCACUUUAUAUUAUUUUGGGAAUACCUAAAACCGCAACAGCCGAUGAAAUAAAAAGAGCUUACAGAAAGCUGGCCCUAAAGUAUCAUCCAGACAAAAAUCCUGAUAAUCCGGAGGCCCUAGAAAAAUUUAAAGACAUCAAUAAAGCUAAUACAGUAUUGAGUGAUGUUCCUAAGCGAAAUAUUUAUGAUAGCUACGGAUCUUUCGGCAUAUACGUGAUCCAGCAAGUUGGAGAUGAUUUUGUGAAUACCCACCAAUUCUUAUCAUCCAGAUGGGGAAAAUUUUUGAUUAGUAUUACCAGUAUUCUCACUUGCUGUUGUUGUUGCUGUUGCUGCUUUUGUUGUUUCAAUUUCUGCUGUGGAAAAUUCAAACCUAAAACUCCAACGGGAACGGGCGAUUAUUCGAAUCUUAAAGAUGAAUUUGAAAGUGAUCAAGAGACUAGUAAAACAGUUAUCGACCAACAGCCUUCAUCUAUGGGACAGACUUGGGAUCCAAAUGUCGAUCCAUGGGCAGAACCUGCUUCUAGUUCAUCAGCUAAUGAGAAAACAAGUUUGGCCCAGCCUAGUUAUUCUAAUCAAUAUCAAUCAUGGGAUUAAUCUAGGGUUAAAGCUUUGAAAAUUAUGAUAAAGAUCUCUUCAUGCAAGUAAAAUUGAGAUAUCUUCGAUACUUUUUUUUGUAAGAAAAUGAUAUUCCACGUAAUUUACACAUUGCUUUGACUCGUUGCUUGUUAUUUUUAAUAUCAACAUUUAUUACUCAGAAUUACAAAAAUAUUCAAUUGUAAUCAAUUGUUUCAGCUGAACAUUAAACAAUUUAACAGACUA